AUGACAGUUGCGGUUACGAUAGGCUUACUGUUGUGCCAGUGGUUUUGCCAGGGUGAAGGGUUAAUUCCCAGUGAACCUUAUCCGGCUGGCUGGCCCGCCCGUCAAUAUCCCACCUUGCUCCAUAGGGCGAUUGUCGAUGGGGUGCACAAUGAUAUUCCCGAGGGACUGAUGAUCGGCCAUGAGGCUUUAAGGACAGCCUUUGGUGUCCUACUGGCCAGUUCCAAUGGCUCCACGGCGGAUGAGGUGCGGGAGGCCAUGGCUGUGAACUUGGAAUCCCAGAACCUGAAACCCUUGACGGAUAAAUUUCAAGAGGUCGGUUACGUAGGAGCCUAUGUGCCACCUCAACUGAAGAUAAAGUCGGAGUAUGAGGACAUGGUUCGCGACAUGGGCGUGGAUCUGGUGCCCUCGUCUGCCAACAACACGUUGGAAAGACUCAUGAACAAGCUGGAACCCAUCAGUUUUGAACUGAGAGAUAUACCGUCCUCAGAUGAUCUGCCCUACAACCUGCGUUUGCAGCCCGAAGUCUUCAUUGUGACAGCGGCCUCCUUUCAAGCCGAGUGGGCGGAUGCGGAUUUCCAUAUCGAGAAUCGCCGGAUGAGGGAGUUCAAUGUGGACGAGCGAAGACAAACCUUUGUGGAAACAUUGUAUAGUCUGGCGAAAAAGAGACAGGUGGCCCAUCUUCAUGGGCUGAGGGCCACCAUUCUGUUGCUCCCGUUGAAGAAUAGUCGGGUGAAGUUCAUGGUCCUUCUGCCGGAUCUCAUCCAAGGAUUGCGUCAGCUCGAAAAGGAGCUGGAAUUCGUGGAUCUGCGAAGCUUACUCGGAUUAAAGAUGUCUCCCCGACGUUACGAUGUUCGUCUGCCUGUAAUGAAGAUCCUGACCAACAUUGAGCUGGCCGACAAUCUGGGCUUUCUAGGCAUUCGCCAGGUUUUCAAUCCCCAAAAAGCCGAUCUCAGCCGGAUAACGGGUAAAAAAGAUCGCCUCUGGGUUCGCCGAUUUCCGCAUUUGACCUAUUUCACUCUGAACGAACAGGGCAUUAAUAUUGGAAAAGAUGAAAGACGUCCUGAAGGCCGAAUUCAAAAUAAUGGCGAGACACGGAACCACUUUUAUGCCUCACAUCCAUUCUUUUUCGCUCUGUUGGACGAGCACAAGAUCUAUGCCACCGGUCGAUAUGGCCAACUAUCGGUUGACCCAGAUGAUAUGUGA